CACUACAACAGGCGCAAUGACUAACGUUUAGGUAUUGGGUAUAAUAUUCGAAUGCGUGUAAUCACCAUCAGCUACUAAUUAAACCGAUGGAAGUCGAUGAUUAUCAAACAUUUCUAUCGUUUUGGAUCGACAUAUUAUUAUAAAUAAUAUAUUUAUUUUUAUUCGUCACAAUGAGUAAAGAAUAUUUAUUACCACCCAAUUCACCGACUUCAAAACCGCAAAAAAAACCAAAGAGAAACAUUUCAGAUAUUCCUCGCCGUUCUACAAUACUUCAUCGUAGGGCAUAUCCGAUCGAGUCUAAUGAUCAUACCGAUAACACGGAAGAAAGAGAGAUUAGACAGUUACUCGAUACGGUUCCAGUUGUUCCGAAACUGCCGAAAAUGCCCGACAUUAGUAAAUACUUGAAUAAAGGCAAAAUGUUGAAUAAAAGCAAAACAAUCAGUGACCGUAGGACUAUAAUUAAAAAUUAUAUGAACGAAUGCGCUGUAACGCAGAAAAUCGACUUGAUGAUGGCUGGGAAAUCCACGCCAGUCGAUCGCCAAGAAGAAGUUAAGAUGCCACAAAUCUACUACCGCAAGCAACUAAAGGGAUAUGCUAAUGCCAUAGAACCCACCCCGAUGCAAGAAUCAUGGAUAGAAAAUAUAAUUGAAAAAUCAAAGACGGCGCGUUUAAAAAGAACCAGAGUGUUGGCAUCCUUGAUAGACGAAGUAAAGGCUGAUUACAUUAAAGUGCUGAAAAAGUUGCAAGUUGAUGGUAUUGUGAAGCCUAUUCCUAGUUCUAAUGUCCCGUUACCGGAAAAACAGCAAGAAAAGCCGUUAACUACAGUAUUAGGAGGCAAGACAAAAAAUUAUCCAUUAUUUUUGAAAAGAAAAAAGCUUUUGAUAAAACGUUUACAUACCACUCACCCAACUACCAUCAAUAUACUGUAUUUUACGAAACGUCAAGUUCCCAGGACCAUGAUCAAUGCAGAAUUAUAUAAAUUUGACGAAUUUUCUCGAGACCUCGACGACCUAAUGGCUACUUUGGAACACGACUUUCGGAAACAAGACACCUAUCUGGUUAAAGAUUGGUAUAAAAAGGUUAUAUUAAUUUUGACAAAGAGAGGAGCAUUAGAUGGCGUGGCAUUGAACGCACUUCCACAGUUUCUUAAAGGUGUCACAACUAUAAUUAGUUUAGAAGUAUGCUAUGCAAUUAAAUAUUGUAAUUAUUGUUGA